AGUGGCCUGCAACUUCUAUUGUAAAGUGCGAAAUUUGCAAUAAAUUUUGGUACUUCCAUUUUAUGUUGAAAUUAAGAAAACAAAUUAGUCAGUAAUUAAUUUGAAAUUGUUACCGCUGCCCGUUAAAGUGUUAUACCCGCAUCGCAAUUGUAUUUUUCAAUGGUGUACAUAGUUUAAAAUUUCUUCUCCACAUGUCGUCGACGCCGUUGUCGUCACCAGCAGCAGCAAAAUAAGUAUACGUGCUUAAGUUGUGUUGAGCAGUGACGAAAAAAGAAAACAAGAAACGUACAUAUAAAAAGCAAAGUACAUCACAUAACAAUAACAACAAUAACAAAAGAAAAGGGCCGAAACAAAAGCAACGAAAGUUAAGCACUUUGGUUUUGUCUUUUGCUUUCGGUUUGUUCAUUGUCGUCGUUUCUUUGGCAAGCUUAACUCCUUCGGCGCAGGCAAAGUAGAAGUGAAAAUAAAGUCCGCGUUCAACACUCUUUCACGACAACAACUACAACAAUAAAACGACGUUCCCCAACACGCACACAAUACAAUUGAGCGCUUUUAGUGGGAGAGUGAGAACGGGAGUGUCAGCAGUGCGAUUGGGAGCGAGAGCGCGACCGCAACUCCUUGGCCUUAUUUGAUUGUUGUUGUUGUGUGGCUAGUUGUGUUGAGUUGUUGUGGCUUGUUGUGUGUUGCCUCCUGCUAACUCGCGCGCGCUGCUCAACGAAAACUGUUCAACUGUCAUGGCCGGUAAUGGAGAGGCCUCCUGGUGCUUCUCACAGAUCAAGGGCGCCUUAGAUGAUGAUGUCACCGAUGCGGAUAUCAUAUCCUGCGUUGAAUUCAAUCAUGACGGCGAGCUGUUGGCCACGGGCGACAAAGGCGGUCGCGUCGUCAUCUUUCAGCGUGAUCCCGCCUCGAAAACCUCCAAUCCUAGACGCGGUGAAUACAAUGUCUACUCGACAUUCCAAUCGCAUGAGCCUGAAUUUGAUUAUCUCAAAUCGCUGGAAAUCGAGGAGAAAAUCAAUAAGAUACGAUGGCUGCAUCAAAAGAAUCCCGUGCACUUUCUGCUCUCCACCAAUGAUAAAACGGUGAAAUUGUGGAAAGUGAGUGAGCGCGAUAAGUCGUUUGAGGGCUAUAACACGAAAGAGGAGAAUGGUCUCAUCAGAGAUCCACAAAACGUAACCGCCUUACGAGUUCCUUCUGUAAAGCAAGUGCCGCUAAUGGUUGAGGCUUCACCACGUCGGACUUUCGCCAAUGCACACACCUAUCACAUCAAUUCAAUUAGCGUUAAUUCGGAUCAAGAGACUUUCCUAUCAGCCGACGAUUUGCGUAUCAACCUCUGGCAUCUGGAGGUGGUUAAUCAGAGUUACAAUAUUGUUGACAUCAAGCCAACCAAUAUGGAGGAGCUGACGGAGGUCAUAACCGCAGCUGAGUUCCAUCCGACCGAAUGCAAUGUAUUUGUAUACUCCAGCUCCAAAGGGACAAUACGAUUAUGUGAUAUGCGAUCAGCGGCACUUUGUGACCGUCACAGCAAGCAAUUUGAGGAGCCUGAAAAUCCAACGAAUCGCAGUUUCUUUAGUGAAAUAAUCAGCUCCAUAAGUGACGUUAAGCUGAGCAACUCGGGUCGCUAUAUGAUCUCCAGAGACUAUUUAAGCAUCAAAGUUUGGGACUUGCACAUGGAGACAAAACCAAUUGAGACCUACCCGGUUCACGAAUACCUACGUGCCAAGUUGUGCUCGCUCUAUGAGAACGACUGCAUCUUUGACAAGUUUGAGUGCUGUUGGAAUGGCAAGGAUAGCUCUAUAAUGACGGGCAGUUACAACAAUUUUUUCCGCGUAUUUGAUCGAAAUUCGAAAAAAGAUGUCACUCUCGAGGCAUCCAGGGAUAUUAUUAAGCCCAAGACGGUGCUAAAACCGAGAAAAGUUUGCACUGGCGGCAAACGAAAGAAGGACGAGAUCAGCGUUGAUUGUCUCGACUUCAAUAAGAAAAUCUUACAUACCGCUUGGCAUCCCGAGGAAAAUAUUAUAGCUGUGGCCGCGACUAAUAACCUGUUCAUAUUUCAGGAUAAAUUUUAGCUAAAACUUCUACUGCAAGCAUUGUACACACCACCCACGCCCAUUACUAUGGCCUUGGCAAAGCCUUGGCAACAGUGGCAACAGUCGGCUCAUUUAAAUGAUAAUUCGAUUGAUUUGUUUCAAAAGCGCUGUCAAAUUUCAUAUAAAUUGUUUGCUUAUCAUUGAUCCAAGACCCUUCCUACCCACACAUAAACAACAGCAACAACAACACAAAAAUGCCAUAGCAAAAGCUUUGUAACAUUUUUCCUUAGUGAUACGUACAAUAUAAAUAAACAAAUUUUAUACAUAGAUAACAUUUAUAUAUUUAAUGAUGAAGCAGAAUUAUAAUUUUCUUCUAGCGCAAUUAAAGAAACAAUCGAAUUAUCAAACGUAGUGUACCAAGUUUUUUUUAUAUUAAUAUGCGCCCAAGUAUUUCUAACAAAAAUUAUAUCUAAAAUUACAAAAAGAAAAAAAAAACAAAGAAAAAAUAUACAUACAAAACGCAUAUUAAAAUUUUUGUUCGCUGUUAAGUUUAAUCAUAACACAAAAAAAAAAGUUUAGCAUGCAUAAAAAGUUAAAAAUAGGAGUUGUGCGCUUUUCUUUCUGUUGUAUGUUUUAAUCUUCGUUUUCGAUCAAGUUCAUUCCAAGCUGUUAAAAACGAAAAUAAUUAAAAUAGCUAGCCUAUCAAUAAUGUAUGAUACUAAAUCUCAGCUAAAAUAUCACCAGCGCAUACCUCACCUCACCUUUCACCCCAUGCUGUUAUCAGUCAUACAAAUCACCACGCAAAUACGAAAUGCUCAUUUAAACAUCUAAAUUUACUAAGAAUCUGUUAAGAAGAAAAUUAAAGAAAAACAAAAUAAAAUCAAUUAAAAUAUAAUGCAAAUAAUAAAAGUAUACAAAUACUGCAGUCUUUAAAUUUUCUCCUAUGAGAGACAUACAAAAAGGAAAAAAAAAAACAAACAACCUAAUUUUAACAUAAUUAUUUGUAUUAGUGUUCUCAAGUUCUUUAAUUUUAUAUCUUACAAAAAACAAACAAUAUUUUUAUACGCUAUGUUUUAAGCUAAGUAUUGCUAUUAUUAGUUACACUUUGCGUGCAGGCGUCCCAUAUUGCAUAUAAUAUAGGUUCCCCUCACCUGGUCACCUGUUUGUCAGCCCCUCCUGCACCUGCCAUAAAGUAACUAACUUGGUUGGCAUCAUAUUAAAAUGGUUUUCAGCUUCUUCAACUUAACAAUUGUUUACAGUCCCCUCUCACCAUGCACAACUGGUCGACUUUUAGGCUAUCUAGUGCGUCUAGUGUUAACAAAAAAUGUGAACUAAAAAGGUUAAUCGAUAAAAAUAAUAAUAAAUAUAUAAUGAAUUGCAGGCAUUGAGAGUUCAAAAAGAAUGAAAUGUAAACGCAUAAAUGAUAAAAAAAAUAUGUGCUUCUUAUGAGAAUUAAUUAUGUAUUAAAUAUGUAUUUCCAAUGAACUAGUUAUACAGAAUUAGAAAGCAGGAUGGACGGUUACAUUUACAUACAUACAUACAUCCACAUUAAGCCCAAAAUAAAGAAGUUGUUUGUGAAAAAACCGUGUGAAAUUCGAUUACCAUUUAAGUAAAAAUUCUAUUUUUAAUACAUACAAUGUACAUUUUGUUUCAGACAAAUAUACACUACACACAUUAUGCCCACAA